GCCUGUCCCCACCCUCAGGCGUGGGGGGUCCGUCAUGGCGGCGGCGCGGCCGGUGGUGGCACGGGCCCUGCUGCAGCAGUGCGUGUCCGCCCGCCUGCAAGUGAAGCCACCCGACAGCGGCUCCGAGGCCGAGUGGGUGGAGAUCCAAAGAGGGCUUGUUAUCUACAUCUGCUUCUUCAAAGGUGCUGAUGAGGAUCUUGUUCCAAAAAUUGUCAAUAUGCUGUUGAAUGUUAAAUUAAGUGAAAAUGAAAGUGGUGAGUACGUUUCUCUUCUUGAUUUGCCGGGCGAUGUGCUAAUCAUACCACAAGCUACCCUGGGAGGUAAACUGAAGGGAAAAAAGAUGCAGUACCAUGCAAACAUUGAAAAAGAAAAAGGUCUGAAGCUUUAUUCUCAGCUUGUGACUUUGUGUGAAAAAGAACUGGCUGCCAAUGCCAAAUGCAUGAAAGCAGGUACUCUCGUCAAGCACGGCACAUAUGGAAACAGACAAGUGCUAAAACUGGAUACAAAUGGACCUUACACUCAUCUGAUUGAAUUUUGAAAAAAAAAAUAUCCUGGUUACCAUUCUGGCUUGCAACUGUUGUAAUUUUUUUUUUUAAUUUCUAAACAUUAAUGUGCUUAAAUGGCUUGGGAAGUACAGCAUAAAAAAGACUUUUGCUUGUCCACACUGAUGCUGCAAACCAUAUCAAAUAGAAAGACACCUGAGACUGCUUUGUAAUCAUGAGUGUGGUUUAUGUCCCUAAUAAUUGGCCCAAAAUAAUUGUUAAGAUUCAUCAAUAAAGAUGCAUAAUUUGGGAGGUUUUAUUUUAAAAACAGGGUAGUGCAUAUGUUUUGCAGUGCAGAACAGUGACAAAAGUUCUGUGUAUAUUAGCUAUUAUAAGGUAUGUUCAAGGAAAUUAAGUUUAGAGAUUUAAAGAGGGAAUGCUGUAGAGGUACUUACUUUUUCCCAGAUUUCCUGGAUCAGACAAUUUUUGUCUUUCUGCUUUGAAUCCAUGAAGUAACAAUGCUUUCUUGAGAAGAAAUAAGUUGAAAGCACAAAUUCACUGAAUUUUUAGCCUUUUGAAGUGUAGGUACUAAGUAAGGAAGUCCAUCCCCCUCAUCUAGAGUGUGAAAUGGUGGGACACUUAGGGUAAAUACUAGGUCUGAACAUGGGCUAUACAGGCCAGAAAAGUGUAUAACUAGUAACUGAAGUUAAGGCAGUACCACUGAAUUGCUUUCUUGAAGGUUGCAAUCUGAAUCUCCCCUGAUGUGUUUUGAUAGCCUGCCUGCUCUAGCUUGGUCUGUGUCCUUGUUACCUUGGUCUUGUUGUCUGCUCAAUUCUUUCAUAACAAAGCCUCAGGAAAAGUAACUGAAAUAUUCAAAUGAAAACAAAAUAAAAAUGAUACAAUGUAUGCUGCCAUCUCAUUCCCCCUGCCCCUGUUACUUCCUUCCAGCUUUUUGUCUGUUCAAUCCACCAGGCAGAGACCAGCUUAUAUAUCUUUUAUAUGCAGUGUCUGCACAUUUGGGGCCCCAUUCCCAGCUGGUCCCCUAUGCAGUAUUGUAGUAAAUGUUAACAGGAAGUAUUGGAAAGAUACAAUGAGAAAAUUUGUCUUUAAGGCAG